GUCGUUGGUCGCACGUGGAUUUCGUCAUCUUUAAGCUCACAAGUGUGGCUGACAGGAGUGGGAAAAGCCACACGUUUAGAAGUGAAUUUUAAUGCUGUUGGGACAAUCGCUCUCCGCCUAUUUGAUCACAUAAGAUGUCUUCACUGCUCAAGGUGGAUAAUGAAAUCAAAACCAAGGUUGAUGCUUUCAGGGAACGGAUCACUGCAGAAGCAGAGGACCUAGUUGCAAAUUUUUUUCCAAAGAAGUUAUUGGAGCUUGAUCACUUUCUUAAGGAUCCUAUCAUCAAUAUCAGUGAACUGAAGGAGAUCCACUCGGAGAUAAACCUGACGGUACCAGACCCUAUUUUGCUCUCAAACCUGCAUGACGGACUUGAAGCGCAAAAUGCCAAAAAGAGAAAGCUCGAAGAUGGAAGUGCAGAUGACAAGGUGACAGGCACCAAGGUCUUCGUCAUGCCCGGUGGGAUGAUGAAGAGCAACGCUAAGCUUGUUGAUCUUAUUGAGAAGGUCAAACCAGAGAUCAGGACGCUCAUAGAGAAAUGUAACACAGUCAAAAUGUGGGUUCAGCUGCUCAUCCCCAGGAUAGAGGACGGCAACAACUUCGGCGUGUCAAUCCAGGAGGAGACAGUAGCUGAACUCAGAACAGUCGAGGGGGAAGCAGCAUCUUACCUCGAUCAGAUAUCAAGAUACUACAUCACAAGGGCGAAGCUGGUGUCUAAAAUAGCAAAAUACCCUCAUGUGGAGGACUAUCGCCGCACAGUAACGGAGAUUGAUGAAAAAGAAUACAUCAGUCUGAAGAUCAUAGUUUCUGAGCUCAGAAAUCAAUACGUAACUUUACACGACAUGAUCCUGAAGAACAUUGAGAAGAUCAAGAGGCCUCGAAGCAGUAAUACCGACGCAUUGUACUGAUGCUCGUCCAACCGUCACGACCUCCACCCCCCCAUCCUUCGUCCCUGUCCGACUCUCCCAUGCUGCCAUGCUGUCGAGCUAGCCUGGCCCUGGUCUACAGGAGUAGCGCUAGACAUUCACCCACUCAGAUACAAUCGAUACAACCCAGUACAAAACCAUAGCCUCAGUAGAUAGAAACCGGGCACAUCAUCAUCAUCUUUUCCUUUUUUUUUUUUUUUUUUUUUCUUUUUUGGUUCUUUUGUUUUAAUUGUAAAAUAUUGUCCUUGUUUUAAACCCUUUUGAAGACAUUAUUAUUAAUCUCUCAGUCAAUGGAGAGAUAGGUCCUAGACAAAAAAAGCGCUAUGUAUUUUUUAAAUUUAAUUAAAAACGUUUUGUCCUUGGA